AUGACCGUCAUAUCCACUUCUCUCAAGGACGAUCGCUCUUGCACAAAGUCGGAUGUCGAAGACGUGCUCCAUAGUCUCCUCGCUCAUAUCCUCGCCAACCCGAAUGAGUCUGGCUUCACCAGCCUUUUCACCGACGCGGAGAGGCGCACCCUAGAUGAACUCUUACCACCACUCUCAGCCGCUCGAGAAGGGAGAGAUGGCCAUGGGCACCAAGUACUGGACAAUCCUCUGAGCGCCACAACAUCCGAGCAGGGCAGUGACUCCACCGAGGCGACGCUGUCCAUGAAGCGCAAAGCCGUCAAGAGGCGCCGACAGCGCGCCGAAAAAGCGCGUCUCAAGGCCGAGUUUCACGAUUGGCAGACAGAAACAAGUGUCUGUGAGGACGCAUCCGCGCAACGGCGGGACAUUCAAGCAUACAUCAAUUCAUGUCUACUCCGUGCCCUAUGA